CCGAUAUCAUCUUCCACUGUGUUCUACUGCAGUGGUCUGGACACUCCGCAGCUUCAACCAGUAUUUCUCUAACCCUCCCGACUGUUCUGUUUCUCCCGAUAUGGUGGCCCUGAAAAUUAUAGUUCUAUUUGUAGCAGGCUUUAGCUUGUUGUCCUCAGCAGCAGCAGGGUGGGAGCCGUGCCCCAAGCCAUGUGCGUGCUUCAGUAACGACGGGGAGAAGUACGUGAACUGUAGCCGGGCCGACCUGACGUCUGUCCCCGCCGGGAUUCCGACAGACGUGCAGCAACUGCUCCUCUCCGGGAACGGCAUCGCUAAGCUCUCCAGAACCGACUUCGCGGGGCUGAAAUCACUCGUCGGUAUCGACCUCAGCUCCAACCAGCUGACUGACGACGCGAUUCUGCCCGGGACGUUCGACGAUCUGCCGUUCCUCGGAGUUCUCAACCUGGCCGCGAACGAAAACUUUACCGACGUUCCGAAAAAUCUGCCUGCUCAACUCUACACUCUGUACUUCGACUACAACAAGGUCACACGCGUCACCGAGGACAGCUUCAGACACCUGCCCCAACUCGUGUACGUGGACUUUGAAAACAACCAAGUCGAGAACAUCGCUCCUGGGAGUUUCGAGUACCAACACCAUCUCACAGGUCUGAGUAUCGGGUUUAACCAAAUCACUGAGCUGCCUGACGGCCUGUUUAAGACGACCAAGCUCCAAUACCUCGGCCUAAGGUUUAACCAGCUGACCCGCGUGCCUGUGGACCUUCCCGGUACUCUCACGGACCUGGACCUGGUCGGCAACAAGAUCAAGGAGAUUCCGUCCCGAGUCUUCUCCAACCUGACGGAACUCCAGACGAUCCAGGUCUGGCAGCAGGACACCCUGACGACGAUCGGGGACGACGCGUUCGACGGUCUGGGGAAACUGCAGAUCCUGGACGCGGAUUUCUGCAGCAUCGACCGCCUGACGAACGCGACGCUGAGCGGACUGAGCGGCAUGUGGGAGCUGUACAUGGGCAGCAGCCGGAUCCCGUACAUCCCGACAGGAGCCUUCCACGAUAUCAAGAACAUCACCACACUCUGGCUGGACGGUAAUCAGCUGACCACGCUAGACCCCGUACUUCUAGACACAAAAACUCUGCCCCGACUGUCCGAGGUGUUUAUCUGGGACAACCCGUGGACAUGUGACUGUCACCUCCGCUGGCUGAAGGAACACAUCGACAACAACAACACCGCUCCGACCAUCGACUCUCCCCACAUCAUGGUGUGUAACGCACCGCCCAAGCUCAAGGGGCGGGCCUUUGACACCCUCACCCCGAAGGACUUCGUGUGCGAGGACGGGGACUAUGACCCGAGUACGGCAAAGUCCAGCCGACCCGGCAGGGUGGAGGUAGUUAGAGACGAGAGAAUGCACAUGCCGUUCACAGGGGCGGGGAAAAGUCUCCGAGUCCCCACAGUUUGGAGAGAUGAGAACAUGUCGAUCUGUACACCCGCGGUGGUUGAUGAUUAUUCUAUCCUGUGCAUGGCCGGGGUUGUGCUGUUGUUUCUGUGGGUGGGAUUCUCCAUGGGGAUAUUUGUGGGCAAGAUACAAAGGUCAUUUUCUGAAGGCUUGGAUAAAAUGCGGUUCUGAAUAUUAUGAAACCGACGUCGUCAGUAUAGCCUUCAGCUAGUUAUUGUUCUUUUGCUGGUCACACAUAACACCUUGCAAUUCUUGGUUUUUCUGUAUUCCAACCAAAUAAAAUUUUUCGAAGAAGGUGUUUCAGUGUCUUUCGACGAAGAUGUCUGUUGUGACAUCCACUCGAGGCACUUUGUAUCCGAGCCGGGAGAGGGCGUCUUUGAUAUUCUCAGUGCAAGGGUCCAGGUCAUGCAUAUGCUUAAUGUUCGUUCUCGUCAUCCUGCGGUUUGCUCCGACAGGUGGCGCUAAACCUUUAUGGACUGGCAACUUUGACAAGGAU